GUCAGAGUCGGCUCAGCCUGCGCCGGGGAACAUCGGCCGCCUCCAGCUCCCGGCGCGGCCCGGCCCGGCCCGGCUUGGCCGCCUCAGACGCUGCCUGCCCUGCAGCCAUGAGGCCCCCGUGGUGUCAGGCGUCCUCCCUGGCUUCCCCACUCCUUCUCCUCCUCCUGUCCCUCCUGGGAGGAGGGGCAGGGGCUGAAGGCCGGGAGGACCCAGAGCUGCUGGUGACAGUUCGAGGUGGCCGGCUGCGGGGCAUUCGCCUAAAGGCCCCUGGGGGCCCUGUCUCUGCUUUUCUGGGCAUUCCCUUCGCGGAGCCACCUGUGGGGCCCCGUCGCUUUCUGCCACCAGAGCCCAAGCGGCCCUGGCCAGGGGUGUUGGAUGCUACAACCUUCCAGAGCGUCUGCUACCAAUACGUGGACACCCUGUACCCCGGUUUUGAGGGCAUUGAGAUGUGGAACCCCAACCGUGCACUGAGUGAGGACUGCCUCUACCUCAACGUGUGGACACCAUACCCCAGGCCUUCGUCCCCCACCCCUGUCCUCGUCUGGAUCUAUGGGGGUGGCUUCUACAGUGGGGCCUCCUCCCUGGAUGUGUAUGACGGCCGCUUCCUGGUACAAGCGGAGGGGACUGUGCUGGUAUCUAUGAACUACCGGGUAGGAGCCUUUGGCUUCUUAGCCCUGCCGGGGAGCCGAGAGGCCCCAGGCAACGUUGGUCUACUGGAUCAGAGGCUGGCAUUGCAGUGGGUGCAGGAGAAUGUGGCAGCCUUCGGAGGGGACCCAAUGUCAGUGACGCUGUUUGGGGAGAGUGCAGGCGCUGCCUCAGUGGGCAUGCACCUGCUGUCCCCGCCCAGCCGGGGGCUGUUCCACAGGGCUGUGCUGCAGAGUGGUGCACCCAAUGGGCCCUGGGCCACAGUGGGCAUGGGAGAGGCCCGUCGCAGGGCCACACUACUGGCCCGCCUUGUGGGCUGUCCCCCGGGCAGUGCUGGUGGCAAUGACACAGAGCUGGUAGCCUGCCUUCGGACACGACCAGCUCAGGACCUGGUGGACCACGAGUGGCACCUACUGCCUCAGGAAAGUGUCUUCCGAUUUUCCUUCGUGCCUGUGGUGGAUGGAGACUUCCUCAGUGACACGCCAGAGGCCCUCAUCAAUGCAGGGGACUUCCAUGGCCUGCAGGUGCUGGUGGGUGUGGUGAAGGAUGAGGGCUCCUAUUUUCUCGUUUACGGGGCCCCGGGCUUCAGCAAAGACAACGAGUCUCUCAUCAGCCGGGCCCAGUUCCUGGCCGGGGUGCGGGUCGGGGUCCCCCAGGUAAGUGACCUGGCAGCCGAGGCUGUGGUCCUGCAUUACACAGACUGGCUGCAUCCUGAGGACCCCGCACGCCUGAGGGAGGCCCUGAGUGAUGUGGUGGGCGACCACAACGUCGUGUGCCCUGUGGCCCAGCUGGCUGGGCAACUGGCCGCCCAGGGUGCCCGGGUCUACGCCUACGUGUUUGAACACCGUGCCUCCACGAUCUCCUGGCCCCUGUGGAUGGGGGUGCCCCACGGCUACGAGAUCGAGUUCAUCUUCGGGCUCCCCCUGAACCCCUCGCUAAACUACACCACGGAGGAGAAAAUCUUUGCCCAGCGACUGAUGAGAUACUGGGCCAACUUCGCCCGCACCGGAGACCCCAAUGACCCCGUCGACCCCAAAGCUCCGCAGUGGCCACCGUACACGGCGGGAGCGCAGCAGUACGUGAGCCUGGACCUGCGGCCGCUGGAGGUGCGGCGGGGGCUGCGCGCCCAGGCCUGCGCCUUCUGGAACCGCUUCCUACCCAAAUUGCUCAGCGCCACCGCCUUGGAGUCCCCCUGCACCUGCUCAGGCCCCGCCCAUGGGGAGGCUGCCCCGAGGCCCAGGCCCGGCCUCCCCCUGCCCCUCCUUCUCCUCCUCCUCCUCCUCCUCUCUCGGCUCCUGCGGCUGUGAUCUGGGCCUUUUCCCCCUCCGGCCCCAGGGGCCCUUCCUCUAAUGAGUGGUCGGACCGUGGGGAAGGGCCCACUCAGGGACCUGCGACCCAGCGCCCCCUCCCUCCUCAAACCGAGAGACUCAAACUGGACAGGGCGGGUGGGGGGGUGUGACCUGCCACCCGUCUCAGGGACCCACACGCCUUUGUUUAAAUGGAAAUGGAAAGCCAAUAUUCUUUUAUAAAAUUAUCCUUUGGA